GAAUAAAUUCGAUCAUUUUCGUUGUGAAUGCGUUGUAUUUGCUAUCAAGAUGGCGCUGCGCUACAUCAGGUGACCUUGUUUUUCUAUUUUUUUCUUCUUGACCAACGCUGAUACAGAAAUGCGGAAGUGAAUGUUCUCUCAAGUGCAUUGGUUUAUUUGAACUUCGGAUGAGAAAACGUUGCCCGCAAUUGGCGUGGAUGAUGUGGCAGUCAAAUUCAUGUCUGAUUGUUACUGGUUGCUGAGACUUAAGUGAUAUGACGACGUGACUAUAGCAGGCUUUGUCGGCACUGUUUGUGAAAGUAAACCUUGUUAAUAUGUUACCACAAUCUAACAAAAGCACACUGGCUAUUGCGUUCGGUUGUUAAUGCUGUAGCUACAGUGUUUUUUUUAUGUGACCGCUGCACAAGUAGGCUACCCAAUCGAAUUUAGUUUACAGUUGCUAAACGCUGGGCUACAUGUAGUGUUACUUUUUGUAAAUAUUUGUGUGAGUUCAACAUUUGUCAGAAUGUUUUGACGUGCCCAUAUCAGGGGUGGUCAGGGCUUUGUUGUAUUUAUUUUGUGUCGGUUCACGUCUAGCACAGGCUGCUCUAUUAUAGUGUGAAUCUAGACAAACUUGUACAAAAAUUCAGUAAUUUUGGCAACCGAAAUGUGAACCCCCCCCCCCAAAUAAAGUAGCACAAGCCACGACGGUAGUCUCUUGCUUUUGAUUUCACCAGGUGUUCACUGUUAGUUGCAGAUCAAUUCAGACACCCUGAUCACCACGAUAUACUACUGUGGGCCUAAAACCUAACAGCGAACCAACCAAACCCCACCCAAUCCCAAAUGUUUCGCUCAUUGGUAGACCAAGUCGUUGAUAGUAUGUUCGCUUUCUGUUGGGCGCAUGUAAUUGGUUAGUGGUGACGACAAUCCCGCACCCAACUCCCACCUACCGAGAGAUCAAGUUUGGGAGACUUGCAGGAGCUAGUUGUGAAGGGGGGCUAUAGCUGCAUGCAGCCAAGACUCAAGUCCAACUGCGCCCAUUGGGUUACUAAAUCAGUAAUCUAGGUCUCAAGAUGGAUAUGAAGAAAAGAAUUCACCUGGAGUUGCGGAAUCGAACGCCAUCAGACGUUAAAGAACUUGUCCUCGAUAACUGCCGGUCAAAUGAAGGUAAAAUCGAGGGCUUAACAGAUGAAUUUGAAGAGCUUGAAUUCUUAAGCACAAUCAAUGUUGGCUUGACAUCUGUUGCCAAUUUACCAAAAUUAAACAAACUCAAAAAGCUCGAGCUCAGUGAUAACAGAAUCUCAGGAGGGUUGGAAGUACUAUCUGAGAAAUGCCCAAACUUAACACAUCUCAACCUCAGCGGCAACAAAAUCAAAGACCUCAGUACUAUUGAACCCCUGAAGAAAUUGGAAAGCCUUAAAAGCUUAGAUCUGUUCAAUUGUGAGGUGACAAACCUGAAUGAUUACAGGGACAAUGUAUUCAAACUACUCCCUCAGUUAACAUAUCUAGAUGGAUAUGAUAAAGACGACAAGGAGGCACCAGACUCUGAUGCAGAAGCAUAUGUGGAGGGACUUGAUGAUGAUGACGAUGAUGAAGAUGAUGAUGAGGUAGAUGAGGAAGAGGACGACGAGGAUGCUGCUCCUGGCGAAGAUGAUGAAGAGGAUGGGGAAGAUGAUGAUGAAGAUGAAGAUGGAGAGGAAGGAGAAGAGGGAGAGGAAGAAGAUGACGUCAGUGGAGAGGAGGAAGAGGAGGAAGAGUUGAAUGAUGGGGAAGUGGAUGACGAGGAUGAAGAGGAAGAGGAACGGGGUCAGAAAAGGAAAAGGGAACUUGAUGAGGAGGGCGAAGAGGGCGAAGAGGAUGACUGAAGCUAUUAUCUGGGCACCCUUAUUUGUGAUCCAACUAUUUUAACCCCAUAUGUGUCUGUCGCUAAGUCACACUGUUUUGUUGCCAUGGCAGUGGGAGGAAUUAAAAUGGUAUGGGAUUGGUUAUGAAAACAGGGACAUUUCUUUCCUCCUCUUUUAUACCUUGAAUCAGUUGCUUUUUUGUUCAUUCCAAACCUUCUCAAAGAUGGUUGUGGGAUUUUGUUUUUGUCAAAAAGAACCUUGUUUAAAAAAACGUACCCGCUAUGUUAAGUUUUUAUUAUCAAUACCUAAAAUGUGUAUACUGUUUUCUGGUGAUGAUAUUUAAGAUUAAAAAACACAUUUUUUAAAACCGUGCAUGUCUGACUAUUUUAAAGCUGACUACUGGAUUUUAAUGAGGACCUUUCUUACCCACUCUUCUCAUUGUUGUCUUUUAUUUGUGUGGUUUGAGUUUCUAUGAUGUCAUCAUGUAUGUGUAGCAAAGAGAUACACAACCACAUACAUGUUACCACCUCCAAAUGUGAUUUCUGUUUUAUUGGAUUUUGAGCUGAAUGUCUGCCUUUGUCAGAUGAAGUCCUAAGCAUGGAUAGUUAAUAGGUUUCAUGUUCUUUGUAAAUAAUGACCAAAUAUAUUUUUUUCUAUUACCUUUGAUAAUGGCAGACAUUUAAAUAAGUAAUUUUCUGUGUAUCCAUUAACUGUAAUAAAAUGGGAAAGCACUUAUUUCACGGUGAUAUCUUAAUUUCAUGUAUUCAUGUAUACAGGAUGCAAAAAAUACAUUGUGUAAUAAUUAAUAUAUAUAUAUAAACGUGUAGAAUAUACAUCCCCUGAUUUAUUCUAUAAAACUCUAUUUUCUCAAUUUAACUGAUGUGUAGAGCAUCAUCUUUCAUUUCCUCACACCUUUGUUACCUUUGUGUACGCUACAAAGGAGGCAUGUUUUAAUAAUUUGAUGAAGGUCUUCAAAGAUUGGUUGCCUAUUGAAAAUAAUAAGACCACUGGAUGUAAGAUGUAAUUUGAUAAAUACAAGAUACAUUAAAAAAAAAACUGAAGUCUG